AUUUUUUAAAAAAAAAAUCUUGUUCAUCUUUUCUUCUUUUCUUUUUACAAUAAACAGGUAAUAAUAAACCACUCAAAAUCUUUUCUAAACCCCCUUACACUCAUUUUCAUUCAAUCAUUUUUCAACUAUAAUUCAAGCACCUUUUAUCUUCUUUAUUCUAUUUUUUUAUAUCCCUAUAAUAUUAAGCUCUAUAUGAAUACUACUGCAACCGAUGCAAUUACCAAUCGUAUCAGCCUUUUAUCACUCGAUCAUAAUUACGGUCAUAAAAGGCAUGAUUACUACAUCGAUAACACUAGCGAGGUAACAGUAACGACUACCAAAGAAGGCAAAUCAACAUUACCAGCCCGUCUAAACAAUGACUGGCUUGACGAAAUUGAACAUUCUUUUGAUAGCAGCUAUAAACAUCGAUCUAUCAUUGAAUCUUAUUUAGAACCGACAUGUAUAUCGCAUACUUCUUCUACCACCACAAUUCCUGUCGUCACAACGCGAUCUAAAUACUCAGCUAUCAAAUCAAGAAUGAAACGAGUAUUUCGUAUUAGCACAGUUGAUAAACAACAAACAUUAUCUCUACCAGUAUUUCCAGCCAAUGAGAAAUGGACACCGUCGAUUGAUUCUUUGUGUUCGUCUACAACAACAGCAGCAACCUCGAAUUACUCGACCAAAAGUAGCAACCGUCAUUCAUGUGGACUUUCAACUGCAUCCUUUACGAAUAAGCGAUCGAGUAAGCCAACAGACGUCAAGAGCUGCUUGAAGAAACGACAGCCCGUGAAUAACCCAAGACCCACCAGUGCAAUUGAUUUCAAAAAGAACAAUCGAUGGUCUAGUAGAUUAUCGAUGGUCAGCCCCAAUAAGAAACGCUUCUCGCAAAUGAUACUAAAGAAGAAGAAAUCGUCGACCGAUCUAUUUACAACGGUAGAGACAAAUAAGGGUAUCAGGUUUAAUAAGUUUCUUAAUGUACAUGAAACAUGGUCAAGGGAAGAAUACGAUCGUAGUUCUGAUCCCGAGGCAGUGUGUACAAAACUUACAGCCGCUUUAGCCCAAGAUAUUAAAGAAGAGUUAAACGAUUUUAAACUUCACGAAAUGGCGGUUCAUGAUUCUAGUAGAAUAAACACUCAUUUCUUUUUGUAAAAAUAAAUAUUUGAGUCUUGAAACAUUUUGUGUCAAGGAACAAAAGGGGGGAAAUGAGUAUUAUCGUUGGUACCCUCUCAUUCCAAUGUGUAUAAUUUUCUCCCUUUUUAAUCAAUCAC